AGACGGGGUAGGAUGGGGGCGGGUGGUGGUUUGCGGGAGGCACCACGGGUCAUGUGACCGGAAGGGCUCCUGACGGACGCGGUCCCUCCUCGGCGCGGCCUGAGCGCCCGGCCCGACCCCGGCCAUGGGGUGCUGCUACAGCAGCGAGAACGAGGACUCGGACCAGAACCGAGAUGAGGAGAAGCCACUGCUGCCUAACAGCCCUCCCACCAAAGCUCUCAAUGGAGCUGAGCCCAACUACCACAGCCUGCCUUCUGCUCGCACAGAUGAGCAGGCCCUGCUCUCCUCCAUCCUUGCUAAGACAGCCAGCAACAUCAUUGACGUGUCUGCUGCAGACUCGCAGGGCAUGGAACAGCAUGAGUACAUGGACCGGGCAAGGCAGUACAGCACCCGCUUGGCAGGGCUGAGUAGCAAGCUGACCCACUGGAAGAAGCUGCCACCGCUGCCAUCUCUCACCAGCCAGCCCCACCAAGUGCUGGCCAGCGAGCCCGUCCCCUUCUCCGACUUGCAGCAGGUCUCUAGGAUAGCUGCCUAUGCCUACAGUGCACUUUCUCAGAUCCGUGUGGACGCAAAAGAGGAGCUGGUUGUACAGUUUGGGAUCCCGUGAAGAGAUGGGUCCGUGGAAAACUCUUCUCUUCUCUUCACCCUGUCUUCACCUUGCCUCCCCGGCCCCUAGCCUCACUGCGGCUUACACAGUACCCUAACCUGCUACUAAUCACAGAAGAAUGUGGAGAAGGAGGAGAAGAGCAAGGCUAGAGGCCUGAGCCAGUGAGGAUGGAGCAAGGGAGGGUAGAACCAUUCAGGACUGGCCUUCGCAGCCCUGGCCAGGGGUGAGGUGGAGGCCAGGAGGACAGGACCUGGUAGGUCUCCACAGUCAUUGGGAAGGUGGAACUACCACUGCGGGGUGAUCACCAAAGGACCUGGGGGAUCCCCUUCUGACCCUUUCUCUUGGCCUCAGAUUCACUCCUGUCCCUCUCCCUGACUUGGUGCUCACAUGCACCUCUGUAGGGUCUGUGACCAGGGUCUGGAUGAGCUUGAAUUUGAAUGAAUUGCGUUUGUAUUUCUAGCACCCUGGGUUUUUACAUGUUUGGUCUUUUUUCUUUUUGUUUUGGUUUGUCACCCUCGAUAAAGGAAACUUAUUCAUCCGUG